AUGAUGGAUAAUGAAGAAAUUAAGGUAAAAGAAAUUCAUCGUUCUCCUCUUGAAGGGCAUAAACAUUUUCCAUUUUGUGACGAAAAUUUUACUAACAAUAUUAUACAUUGUGAUAUGAUAAAAUGUAUGAAUAAAAAAGGUCAAGAGAAAUUAAAAAAAUUAUUAAAAGUUAAUAAUAAUUUAAUAUAUGAUAAUAUUCUACAUCUUAAUAUAUAUGUUAAAAGUAUAUGGUUAUGUAUGAAUUUAAAAUGUACAUUCUCUAUUCAUGAUUUAAUAUUAAUUGCACGGUCUUUUAAAAACACAGAAAUUUUGUAUGAUAAUAAUUCUUUUAAUACAAACUUAGAUGAUUCAUUAUAUAAAGAAGAUAAAACUGUUAACUCUUUUUAUAUUUAUUUUCAUAAUUAUAAAAUUAGAAAAAAUGUAGUGAAAAUUUUUUUUCAAAACCCUUAUGUUGUUUGUUUUAUUCAUAAAAAUGGAUCAAUUCAUCUACACGGAUCGGCUACACUACGGAAAAUUUUAUUAAUUUUAAUAAAAGUGGUGAAAAAAUUAAAAUAUAAAACAUUUUGGACAUAUUUAAAACAACAAAAAGAUGACAAGAAAGAAAUGUUAAACUAUGAUAAAUAUCAAGAGCAUGACUAUAUGUCCAUUGGUAGCAAAGCGGAUUUUAGUUCUUUAUGUAGUGAUAAUAAUGGUUAUGAAAUGUUUGAAAAUAAUUAUCGACAGGACGAAAAAUAUUAUGAACAGGAUGGAAAAAAUUAUGAACAGGAUGGAAAUAAUUAUGAACAGGAUGGAAAAAAUUAUGAACAGGAUGGAAAAAAUUAUGAACAGGAUGAAAAAAAUUAUGAACAGGAUGAAAAAAAUUAUGAACAGGAUGAAAAAAAUUAUGAACAGGACGAAAAAAAUUAUGAACAGGACGAAAAAUUUUAUGAACAGGACGAAAAAUUUUAUGAACAAACAGUUCAUAUUAAUAAAAACACAAACUUAAACAACCAAAAUAAAGACGAAUUGAUAUGUAGUGAUCAAUCAGAUAUAGAUAUAGAUAUAGAUGUAGAUAAAAAUAUAGAAAACGCAUUUGUGAAUUAUGAAAAAUUUUUGGACGAUUUUAGUGAAGAUAAUAUGAGCGAUGCAUGUACAGAGAAACAACCAGAAGAGUUAAAUAUCAUGGAGGGAUUAGAAAAAAGUGACGAUAUUAUGUCUGACGAUAGUGGAAAUAAUGUUGACGAUUUGAACAAAAAUAUUUGUGUAACAAACGAAACGGACAUUAAUAAUACUAUUAAUAGUUGUGAACACAUGAUUAAAAAAUUAAAUGCGACGUUUGAAAAUUAUGAUUUUUAUGGAGAUGACGAAUUAUAUGAAAAGGUUAUAUCAAAAGAUAAGAACAAGGAAGAAAAAUUAGUGGAUGAUAAUUAUUAUGAUGAUAUAAAGAAUGAAUGCAAUAUUAUAAAAAACGAUGAAGAUAUUCAUUUUAAUAUAAAUAAUUUAGAUGAUGAUAUGAAUUUUUUAACAUAUGAUUUAAACUAUAAUGAUUCAAAUAAUAAUAAAGAUAUAAAGAAAAAAGAAAAUAUUAUAAGUAAUAAUAAUGAAAAUAAUAUUUCCUCUAAAUCGUUUGUUAAAAUUAAUGAUAAUGACUAUUCGGAAAAAAAAAUGACAUCUUAUAAUAAUAAUAAUAAAGAUCAUAUAUUUGAUAAUGGUUUUUUUUAUUUUGAAGAUGAAAAAAAACAAUUAUUAAGCAAAAAGGAUAUUUAUAAAAUUGAUAAAUAUCAAAAAUGGAAGUAUAUUAUAAGAGAUGAUAUUAUUUUUGAUAUGAAUUCUUUAAACAUUAAACAGUUUGUAUGUGUAUUUAAAAUUCAACUAAGAUAUUUUGAUAUAGCAAGAAUCUCUAUGUAUUCAGAAUUUAAAAAUAUUUUAAUUGAAAUAAAUAAUAUUAUAUAUAUAAGAAUUGAUCAAAAUUUCUUAAGUAAAUUAAUGGAGCAAGACACCUUACAUAAAUGUAUUAAAACAGAUACUCUGAAUAAUCAAAAAGAAAAUAAAAAAAGUACCAUUAGGACAGUACUUUUAUUUGGAUCCGGUAAUGUUAUUAUUUAUGCUUGUAAGAGUAAGAGAGAAAUAUUAUGUAUAACUAGAUUUAUAAUUAAUGCCCUCAAAAGAAAUAAUAACAUAAUUUUAUAG